AUGCAUGGGUUUUCACUGAUAGAGAUACUAGGAGGUCUCAUGGAUUCGGGUUUGUUAGUUUCAAAAGAAACGAAAGAAGCAGAGAAUGAGGAGAGGAGGGAAGGGCCGGAGGUCACUGGAAUUGAUGCAUUUUUCUUUGUUAAGAAAAAUGAAUGGAAAGGGGCUGGACUUAUCCAGCCCGUGAGGGAAGGCUGGACUUGUUCAGCCCCGUAUGUCCAAGGCUGGGCUGAUUUAGCCCAAAAAAUAAAGGCUGGCCUGUCCAGCAGGUCAGCCCAGCUCAGGCCCAAUGAGCUGAAGACCGAUUUAUGA